AUGCAAUCGGUAAAUAGUUUUUUUACUAAUGCACAACAACAAAUAUCUUCAUUGUAUGGUUUUCAAGAUGCUUUACUUUAUCAACCGAAUGAACCCGAUACAGCACGAACAAUUGUUCAAACACCUGAUGUAUUUCAUAUGCCAUAUGAAACAAUAACAAUUGAAACACCUGAUAAUGAAAAAUUACAUGGAUAUUUAAUUAAACAAAUUAAUCGAACAAAUGAACGUGAAACAUUAGUUUUUUUUCAUGGAAAUGCUGGAAAUAUUGGCCAUCGUUUACAAAAUGCAAAUCUUUUAUAUCGAACAUGUAAUAUAAAUAUUCUUCUUUUUGAUUAUCGCGGAUAUGGUAAAUCAACUGGUGCACCAUCUGAAACAGGUCUUUAUACAGAUGCCUUAGCUGUAUAUAAUUAUGUUCGUAAACGUAAUGAUCUUAAUCAACAAAAAAUUUUUUUAUUUGGUCGUUCACUUGGUGGUGCUAUUGCAUUACAUCUUGCUUCACAUCUUGCUCAAAUGAAUGCAACACCACCAUUAUAUGGUAUUGUUAUUGAAAAUACUUUUACAUCAAUACCUGAUAUGGCUAAAAGAUUAUUUCAAGUUACUGUACUUGAUUAUGUACCUAAUUGGUGCUAUAAAAAUGUGUAUCCAUCGCUUGGAAAAAUUCGUCAUAUUAAAGCUCCAAUACUUUUUCUUUCUGGUGGACAAGAUGAAUUAGUUCCUCCACAAAUGAUGGAAAAAUUACAUGAGGAAUGUAAAAGUUCGAAAAAACAAAUGGUUAUAUUUCCUGAUGGUCAACAUAAUACAACAUGGCUUUCACAUGAUUAUACAAAUCAAAUACGUAAAUUUCUUGCCGAAUGCUCCACAUUAAUUGAAACAACAUCAUCAGCAUCAUCAGCAUCUUGCUCUAGUUAA